UUUCUCUCUUCUCUUCAUCAUUAUACACACAUUACGAUGUCUGCUCGUCCUCAAGUCUCCGUCGUCUCCGCCAAGGGUGAACAAACCGCCACUCAGUUGCCAUUGCCAGCUGUCUUCUCUGCUCCAGUCAGACCAGACAUUGUCCACUCUGUCUUCGUCAGAGUGAACAAGAACAAGAGACAAGCUUACGCUGUCUCUGAAAAGGCUGGUCACCAAACCUCUGCUGAAUCCUGGGGUACUGGUAGAGCUGUUGCCAGAAUUCCAAGAGUUGGUGGUGGUGGUACCCACCGUUCCGGUCAAGCUGCCUUCGGUAACAUGUGUAGAGGUGGUCGUAUGUUCGCUCCUACCAAGACCUGGAGAAAAUGGCACGUCAAGGUGAACCACAACGAAAAGCGUUACGCCACUGCUUCUGCCAUUGCUGCUUCUGCUGUCACUUCUUUGGUUUUGGCCAGAGGUCACAGAGUUGAACAAGUUAAGGAAUUGCCAUUGGUUGUUUCCAACGACUUCGAAUCUGUCACCAAGACCAAGGACGCUGUCGCUGUCUUGAAGGCUGUUGGUGCCCACAAGGAUGUCAUCAAGGUCAUCAAGUCCAAGAAGUUGAGAGCCGGUAAGGGUAAGUUGAGAGGUAGAAGAUUCACCCAAAGAAGAGGUCCAUUGGUUGUCUACUCUCAAGACAACGGUAUCGUCAAGGCCUUGAGAAACGUCCCAGGUGUCGAAACCUCUGACGUCAAGCACCUCGGCUUGUUGCAAUUGGCUCCAGGUGCUCACCUCGGUAGAUUCAUCAUCUGGACUCAAGGUGCUUUCGAAUCCUUGGACUCUGUCUACGGUUCUGACUCCACCAAGUCCGUCAAGUCCGGUUACUCCUUGCCAGCCAACAUCAUCUCCAACACCGACGUCACCAGAUUGAUCAACUCUGCUGAAGUCCAAGCUGUUGUCAGACCAGCUGGCCAAGCCACCCAAAAGAGAACUCACGUCUUGAAGAAGAACCCAUUGAAGAACAAGCAAGUUUUGUUGAGAUUGAACCCUUACGCCAAGGCUUACUCUGCUGAAAAGUUGGGUUCCUCUAAGGUUGAAGCCUCCAAGGCCAAGCCAUCCAAGGGUCAAUUCGCCGCUGUCUUGAGAGAUUAAGUGCUUUCGUGAAGAACACUAGCAGAUUUAGGAGAUUGUAAGAUUAUCAUCGUACCAAUUGACUUGAUUGCUAAUUUACUUUAUUGAUUGCAUAUACCUUAAGAUACCUGAACCGUUUAUUAUAGUUUUGUAGUACAGAGGCCAUUGAACGUAUGGAAAAUAUAUGAUAAGCUUUAU